CGAGUUACGUACUACUUUACGCAAAGUGCAGACGCCGAAUGUCGAAUUUCACAAUUCACGUUGGUCUUUCCUUCUUCGAAGAAAAAACAAGAUUACUAGUGUGACAGUGUAACACCGAAUCCGCUGGUCUCUCAAAACCCAAGAUAAAAAGGAGAAUGCGGUGCAAUCGAUUCAUCCGAAAAAAGAAGCACGGCGGCACCUGAUGGACAAAGAACAAAUAUUCGGACAAGCAACAGUGAUGGACAACGGCGCGAACUACCUUCCGGUGGAGUUGUGGCGGAUCUGCCUCGGAUUUCUCGGCGUGCAGGAUAUUUGUCGAUUCGAAAUGGUCAGUCGGUGCUGCAAAAGGAUCGCGGGCGACAAAGAUUUCUGGAAACGAUAUUAUUGCAGUGCAUGGAGAAAGAAUCUUCACCUCCCGUUCACCCUCCCGACGCCGGAAUGGAAAGCCAUGUGUCUGGAUCGUCGCAGUCACAGCCAGGGCCAUUUCCUGUCGACGGGGUUCCGCGGCAAGCGGGUCCGAUGGGGCGGACCACACGUUGCGUACACCGGGUUCGAAGGCACCGAGGAGCUCGUGUACCGCGUUCGUUCCUCCAUCCGGUCGGAGGAUCCGCUCGUCCCGCUGGUGUCCGCCAGCGCGUUUCGCGGAGCCUGCACCGUGUACUACGAAGCUACGAUCCAGGGCGGAGGGAGCGUGGGCAUCGCCGCGGCGGACGACGGCCUGCAUGCUUUUGUUCGGCACCGCCACCGGUACGGUUUCCUGUCGCGGUCGCGCCCGGUCGGAUCGCUGCCGGUCUCGUACGGGUUUCACGGCGGGGACGGGCGCAUCCACUUCCACGAGGGCAGCGCGGGGGCGACCGGCUCCCUCGCGUUCGAUGAGCCGUUCGGCGCAGCAAGCGAUGCCACGACCCUGGUCGGCUGUGGGUACGACGCGGCCCGCGGACUCUUGUUUUUCACCCGGAACGGGAGGCUCCUCGGUGUUUGCCCCCGCGGCAUCCGGUGCCUCGGGUACUGUGCCGCGGUGUCGCUGACCCACCCCGGCGGCAGCGCCACGUUCAACUUUGGCUCCGCCCCCUUUGCCUUUGAUCUCGAACUAUUCUGCGCGCAGCGGGCAAGGUUCCUCCAAAACUGCGAGAACAACAAAAACGAGAACAACGACGAGAACAACGACGAGAACAACGACAAGAACAACGACAAGAACAACCGAACAGAAAGUGGUGGUAGAUCCCAUUCGCGGGAUUAUGUUGUAGUUUUGUUUAAGAAACUACCAGCGUUACUACUAGUUCUAGGAGUGCUGGUGAUGCAGUAUACUUCAUUGUUUUUUGUAAUCUAUAAUAGUAUUGCUGGAUUAUUGUAGUACGAAGUAAAUUCAUUCAUCGAAUAGAUCUUCUAUUGUUCGAUUCUAGUAUGAAUAUGAAUAGUAAUAGUACUAUGAUCAGUUUUUGAUACUACUCCAACUCGUAUUGUACUAGUGGAAAAAGAAAGUCAAACGUAAUAAAACCAUUCGGUUAAC